GUCAAACAAAAUUCUCACCUGUCAAAGAAGUUUUUGUUUGCCGCGAUUUUUCUCCUGGAUUUCCUCAUCAAUUUCCACGCAUUUCCCACCUGGUUAACAUCCCAAAAAUCUCCCUGAAUCUCUCCAGAAGGACUCUCCACUCCCCCAAAGAGUCACACAAACUGGAGGUUUUUCCAAUUUCUGCACACACAAAUUGUCGCCAUUCCCAUCCAUUUCGUUGUCUGCUCCAAGGGAAAGACCAGAGUGAGAGGGAGGAAAGGAAAAAGAGGAAAAGCUGGUGGUGAAAAGUGCUAAAGUGAUUCAGUCAUGUUCGUGAAUGAAUGCAAGAGCCAGUUUUCCUCCUCGAUGGUCAUGUCAUCGCUGAUUGGACUUCUUCUCUCCGUCUACACUACACACGUGGAAAUCCAGCUGGAAUUGGACAAUGACUACGAGGCUCUUUGUGAUUUAAAUGAAGGAAUUAGUUGCACCAAAGUCUUCUCCUCCAAGUAUGGGAAAGGCUUUGGAGUUAUUCAUCGUGUUCUUGGUGAGGAUUCUAUCUUCAAUCAACCAAAUGGCCUCUUUGGAAUUUUAUUCUACGCAAUCAUUGCCCUUCUAUGUUUUGUGAAUGAUUCUAAGGUGGCACGUAUGCAGAUUUAUCUGUGCAUUGUCUCCAAUCUUCUCUCACUCUACCUGGCCUAUUUGCUGUAUUUUGUCCUGGAGGACUUCUGUAUUGUCUGUGUAUCGACGUAUGUUGUCAAUGCUAUCAAUUUGUAUCUUUCCAUAAGGCGUUAUCGUACUUUGGUGGCCAGGGAGCGGAAGAUUGGCUUGAAAAGGGACAGUGAUAAGACCAAAUGAGGUGUUAGUGCAAUCAGUCUGAAACAUAUGAUAUCCGUGGGAAAAAAGAUUGUUUUUAUUUAAUAUUCUUGGGAAGGUUUAAUGCGGUACAAUUAAUCAUGACAUGUUUUCUGGUAUAAGACAAUAUUUUUGCUCCAACAAUUUACAUAUAAAAUUAAUCAAUUAAACACAUGAAAGCUUUUAAAAUGGUUCAACUGCGAGAGCUUUUCUCGUGUAUGUGUAUGGCUUUCAAUGUGCGGAGAACAGAGACAAAUAUUUGCUCUAUUAUUAAUACAGAGAUUUAAACCUAGCUAACAAAAAGUUGGAUAGCUGGAGUGGUUAGGGUCAGAACUCUCCUUAUUGCCAAUUGCCAAUGAAAUGCAGAAUAACAAAAAAUCGUUGCAUUUCAAACAACUUGACGCGAGAAUUUCUCUCUAAUUCGGGUGACAUUUUGGUCCCAAAUGCCCGAAUUUGGGAGAGUCUACUGCACCUUCUCUUAAUUUCCAACCGAAAUCAGCAGUAAAAAUUAAAUUUAGUCAAGAAAAAAUGAAAUUUGAGCAGUACUCAAUUUAGAUCUAAUGACAAAAAUCGUAAAAUCGGCAUCAUUUAGAUCAGGUUAAAUUUCAAGAAAUCAAAAUUCACAUGGCAUUUUCAGGUCAGAAAAAUUUCACGAAAUCGAAAUUCACUUCCCUUUCCUUCCCAAAACUUUUUCAUAUUUCCAUUCUGAACUUCCGCACCCUAAUUUUUCUUUUUUUUUAUACGUCAUAACAAAAUGAAUUUAAAUCAAUCAAAUUCUGAGUACGAAAAAAUGGGAUCGACAUAUAUGCAACAGGUUUGAGGAAAAAAAUGAUGCGAAUUUUGAUUUGCACCUGAUAUUAGAUCACUUAAAUGUCAUAGAGUCAAAAUUCACAUCCCUUUCUAUCUUAAAAUAUCUAUGAAUAUCAAACAUUCAAAAUCCAAAAGUAAUAAAAAAAAA